GAGGAGAAACCGAGUACCUUCUCUGUCCAAACGCUUCAUAUCUCUCUUUCGCUCUUCCGAGGGGCAAACCCUAAUUAACCCUUUUCGCCCCUUCCGAUUCCUUAUCCUCUCCUCCUCACUCUCGAUCCAAUUCGAGGGUUCGAAUCGAUUCGUCUCGGCGGUUUCUCUGCGGAUUCCUCUACGGCGGAUCGUCUAGGGUUUCGUCGCUGCUCGAUCUGGGAAUUUGCGAUCCCCAAAAGCCUCUCUUCUGGUACUGAUCUCUCGAUUUCGUGAUCGGCUUAGCUUUUUGGGGUUUGUGUUGCCGCGGCGACGCUCGGCUUCGUGGAGGUUCUCGGCGAUGGCGAUUUGGUGACACGAGCAUCCGAUGCUGUGGCGUUUCCCCAGUUUCUUUUCGUAAUUUGGGGAUUUCUUUGCGAAGUUCGCCUCCUUUCUGCGGCUGAUCGGAAUCGCAUCGGGGCGAGCGAGAUCGUAGCUUUCCUGGAGGGAUUUUGCUGUGGAUCUGAGCCUUGCUUCUUAUACCUUUAUCCCAAUUCCAAUCGUGAAGGCCUAUCGAUUCCAAUGACGGCGAGUCCUUUCUGAUAUUCUGAUCGGUGAUUUUCUUGUUGAAGUUAGCAGAGAAAUCGGAGUCAUCACCGAGGAAUUAAAGGAGAUAAAUUACUUGUACACAUGUCUAUGUUGUUUUCUGUUUUUUCUAGAUUAAUAUCAGGCCUUUCAAUUUUUUAGGCCGUAAAAUUCAUUUGCUGCUACGUUCAGGGCAGAUACUUGUGCUUUUGUGGUUGUCUUUUUUGCUUUUUAGAUCAGAAGAAAAACCAAGAAGGAAAAAAAAAAUAUGGCUGUGUAUUAUAAGUUUAAAAGUGCAAAAGAUUACGACUCUAUACCCAUUGAGGGCCAAUUUAUAUCUGUUGGCAAUUUGAAAGAAAGAAUUUUCGAAUCCAAGCAUUUGGGAAGGGGUACUGAUUUUGACCUGAUGGUAGCAAAUGCACAGACUAAUGAAGAAUAUGUAGAUGAAGCUGCUAUGAUACCCAAAAACACAUCAGUAUUGAUUCGUCGGGUUCCUGGGCGGCCUCGGAAGCCUAUUGUUACUGAACCAGACGAGCCAAAAGUUCUAGAGGAUAAGGUGGAAGAUGCCUUUCCGCCUAGUAGCACGUUGGUCACUGAUCCAUCCACUAUGAAAUAUCCUGAAGAAUCUGAAUGGGAUGAGUUUGGCAAUGAUUUGUACACUAUUCCUGAAGUUCUUCCUUCUCAAUCAAUUAAGCCAGCAGUAGAUCUUUCUCCUGCUGACCAUGUUGAUGAGGAUAGCAAGAUUAAAGCUCUGAUUGAUACACCCGCCCUUGACUGGAAUCGCCAAGCUCAAGAUGCAUAUGGUUCUGGCCGAGGUUACGGCAGAGGAAUGGGUGGAAGGAUGGUGGCUGGCCGUGGUUUUGGCCGUGGUGGGUUUGAACGUAAGACACCGCCAGCAGGCUAUGUCUGUCACAGAUGCAAAGUGCCUGGCCAUUUCAUUCAGCAUUGCCCCACCAAUGGUGACCCCAAUUAUGACAUCAAAAGAGUGAAGCCACCAACCGGCAUUCCAAAAUCAAUGUUGAUGGCAACUCCUGAUGGCUCUUAUGCUUUGCCAAGUGGUGCUGUUGCUGUUCUAAAGCCUAACGAAGCUGCUUUUGAGAAGGAAAUAGAGGGUCUUCCUACCACUCGACCUGUCAGUGAUCUUCCACCUGAAUUGCGCUGCCCAUUGUGUAAAGAAGUUAUGAAAGAUGCUGUCUUAACAAGCAAGUGCUGUUUCAGGAGCUUUUGUGACAAAUGCAUUAGAGACUACAUUAUUAGCAAGUCGAUGUGUGUUUGUGGGGCUACAAGUAUAUUAGCAGAUGACCUUCUUCCAAAUAAAACUCUCAGAGAAACCAUCAGCCGCAUAUUGGAGUCAACAACCAGUAGCACAGAAAAUGCUGGGAGUUUGGUGCUAGUGCAGGAUAUGGAGUCAGCUCGUCCCGGUCUGCCCAAAGUUAUCUCUCCUACUCAUUCCGCUGCUUCUAAGGGUGAAUCGAAGGCUUCUAAGGGUGAAUCAAAGGGACCUCCUGUUGAGCAUUCUCCGGAAGCUGAAAGUGCUAGCGGAGUAAAAGCUGUGAACAUGGAUAUGAAUUCAUCAGACAAGAAGGUUGCCAUAAAUGUGAAUGUGUCUGAUGCAACACCAGAAUCAACAAAUGCAAAAGAAGCAAAAUCACCAGAAAGUGCUCCUGCACCGCCCGAAGAUGCCCAGGAAAAGUUGCUUGCUGGUGAGCAAGGAAAGAAAAAGAAGAAGAAAAAGGCACGCCUGCCUGGCAGUGCUGUUGAUGUGCAAUGGAGAAAUUAUCAAGAUAUGGGAGUUGAAAAUUUUGGCGGGAUGCCUUUGGCUGCUUCGAGCUACAAUCCAUAUUGGGCUGGCGGGAUGCCCAUGGGAAUGGACCCAUACAUGGCGGCACCUUUGGCUGGUGCCAUGCCCUUUAUGGGUUAUGCACCUGGCCCUUUUGAUGUUCCUUUUGGUGGGGCAAUCCUCCCACAGGAUCCAUUUGUUGCACCGGGUUAUAUGAUGCCUGCUGUACCAAGGGACCUAUCAGAGUUGGCUAUUGGCAGCAUGGCCAUGAAUAUGGGGCCUCCUGUUAUGCGACGAGAAGAGAUGGAGGCCAGGAGAGCUGAUUUAAGGAGAAAGCGUGAAUUUGAGCGACUGAGUGAAAGGGAGAGUGAGCAUUCAAGGGACAGGGAGGUCAGAAGGGAAACAAGGGAAGCAGGAGGUGGUGUUAAUGAAGUUACAUCGGUGAAGUCGAAGCCUAGAUCGGCGGCCCAAUCGAGUGGCGCUGCAGCUUCAGCUUUGGACCGGGCGGAGCGGUCGGAGAGGGAACCUAGCCAGGAUCGCCACUACGGCGCGCCGGCGCGGGCAUCCUCGACCCGUCACUCCCCGCAACGGACCGGGAAGAAGAGGGCGGCCUUGGACCACGACGAGCCUCCUCCUCCUCCUCCUCCCCAUCCCCAUCCCCCUUCCGCCGCCGAACUGGCUAAACUGGACCGGAAGCAGAAGGGCAGCGUCUUCUCCCGUAUCAGCUUCCCCGGCUCCAACCCGGAAUCCGACGGCGGGGGUGGGCCGAGCAGGAAGAAGCGGAGGUCCUCCUCGGAGCUCCCUCCCCCGCCCAAGAAGAACGGCCUAGUGAUCAAGGAGGACCGCGAACCGGGGGAGAACCGGACCGCCUCUGAUUCGUACCGAUCGUCCGCAGCUGCCGCCCCUUCCCCUGCUGCUGCUGCUGCUGCGAGAAGGGGUUACGAGCACGAGUCGAGCGAGGAGGAGUACCAUUUCAAGCGGCGCCCCUCGAGGAGGGAGGCGGAUUCCUGGGAACUGAUGGACGAGGGGCGCCACUCCAGGGGUUCGAGGGAGCGGGAGCCCCACAGCGAGCGCCCCACGAGCAAGCGCAGGUGAGAGAGAAAGAGAGAGAUCAGAGAUCAGAGAGGGAGGGAGGGAGGGAGAGAGAGAUAGAGACUGAGAGAGCUUGAAGGAUCGACUGUGUUGUAUGGCUACGUGAUGAGUUGCGGGGCUUCACUUUUGCCUCGCCCUUAUGUACGACGUCAGCGAAUUCAUAUUUUGAUAAUAUUGAGAUUUCCGAUUAA